GCCCGGAGGAACACGCUUCAAAUAACUCGCUUUUUCACACACCCGCAGCGCACUUUGCGCAUGCGCACCUGCCUGUCCGCCCGAAAGGAAGUGUUUUCUGGUCCUCUCGGCACCCUUACGUUGCGGAGCAGCCGAAUGGAGGUUUGCGUGCUGUCGCCUUCUUGCAGGAAGUGGGAAGAGGAGAAGAAAGGGUGUAUGCUGUGCCUUACCUGAUUGGGGCUUUGAAUCCAGUUUUAUUGUGUUCAACUUAAUCAGACAGACACAAUGGAGGCACCUCCAGUGACCAUGAUGCCUGUCACUGGGGGCACCAUUAACAUGAUGGAGUACCUACUGCAGGGGAGUGUCUUGGAUCACAGUUUGGAAAGCCUCAUCCACCGCCUUCGUGGUCUCUGUGACAACAUGGAACCUGAGACUUUCCUUGACCAUGAGAUGGUGUUCCUCCUUAAGGGCCAGCAGGCCAGCCCGUUUGUCCUCAGGGCCCGGCGCUCUAUGGACAGGGCAGGGACACCCUGGCAUCUGCGCUACCUGGGACAGCCAGAAAUGGGAGACAAGAACCGCCAUGCACUGGUGCGAAACUGUGUGGACAUUGCCACAUCCGAGAACCUCACCGACUUCUUGAUGGAAAUGGGUUUCCGCAUGGACCAUGAGUUUGUGACCAAGGGGCACCUGUUCCGUAAGGGCAUCAUGAAGAUUAUGGUAUACAAGAUUUUCCGCAUUCUUGUGCCAGGAAACACAGACAGCACUGAAGCCCUGUCACUCUCCUAUCUGGUGGAGUUAAGUGUCGUUGCCCCAGCCGGACAGGACAUGGUCUCUGAUGACAUGAGGAACUUUGCUGAGCAGUUGAAACCUCUGGUUCACCUCGAGAAAAUAGAUCCUAAAAGGCUUAUGUGACAUCUGGGUCUGUCCAUCUAUCUACCAGGCAGGCAUUAUUCCUUCGAGAAAAAGAGUGGCAAGGACAUAGUUGUUUCUGUGCAUGGUUUUCUUCACAUGGUAGUUUUUUUUGUAUCGGUACCAGGCAUCGAACUCACGACAGCCUGCUUGCAAGGCAGGCGCUUAUGCCGCCGAGCUAAAUCCCCAGCCCCGGUAGUUUUACUUUCGUGGUGUGUGUGUGUGUGUGCGCGCACGUGUGUGUGCGCGCGUGCGCAGCGCAUGCAUGCAUGUGCGUACAUGAGUAUUGAAGCCAGGGCCUUCAUACUGAGCUACACACCCAGCCUUUUGGUUUUUUAAUUUUGUUUUUGAGAUAGGGUCUCCCUGUAUAAUUUAGGCUGGUCUUAAACUCACUGCGUAGUCCAGGCUGGCCUCUAACUCUUGGUAGUCAUCCUGCCUCAGUCUCCCAAGUGCUGGAAUUACAGACAUGUGCCACCACACCUGUUUUCCGUUCUUUUUAGUUUUUUAUUGUGAGGCAAAGUCUGGCUCCAUUACUAAAUUGUCCAGGCCAGGCUCAGAUUUGGGAUUCUUGUACCUCAGCAUCCCUGAGAGCUGAAAUUACAGUUGUAUGCUGCCAUGCCCAACUCAAAGGUCUGGAAACCUUUUUAAAUUAAAGACUCAGAAUAACAAGGAGAAUCUGGCUAAUCAUUUUGCAUAAAGAGGAAAAACUGGAGUAAAUUAACUUUUGUUUUUUAUUGUUUGUAUUGGAGUAAUUAGCUUUUGGAAAGAAAUGUCUCAUUUCACUAUUCAUGUUGUAUAAGACUGUGAUGGUGAAUGUUUUGGAGUUUUCAGUAAUACAAACAACCUGCUACAGCAUGUGUGCUAUAGGAUUGCCACCACUGAUAUAAGGUUUGCAACAGUGUAAGUUUGUGUUGUUUAGUAAUAAAAGUUCCAUGUAACAAUGUCUAA